CAAAGAUAUUUUAAGCCCAACAGAAAUGCAAAUUCGAAGCCCAGCUACCCAACAAGAGUGUCGACCUCUUCAACAAAGCAACAAAACAGCCGUACGGAGGAAACAUCUGUACGGUCAAUUUAUUCAGAAUCCUAUAUGCAGAAGUUGAGAUCAUGGCUUACACAAACAAAGUAGCGGUUGCGGUUGGAGCAGCGGUGGUGUUUCUCGCGGUUGUGAUGAAUCCGCGGUGGACAGAGGCACAAACGUAUCCAAAAUUGGAUCGUUUAUGUGUGAUGAUGAUCCCUGACAUUCUGGAAGAAUGUUUCACCCACGAUAGACUAAAACCUACGGAAGACUGCUGCAACGAUCUCAAAAAUGCGACUAUGACGCAGGUUGAUUGUCUUUGUGACAACUUCCUCGAAAGUCUCAGUUUCUCUGACCUUUCGAGAACUUUCUCCGCUGGAGUUUUGAAGAAGUGUGACGUUUCUCACAAAUACAUGUGCCAGGCUGCUAAGAAUAGAGGAGAAGCAAAGGGAGGGAGAAACAGUACUACUACCUGCGACAACAGCAUUACCAAUACCAGUGUAGGAGGAAAGAACAAGGUUGCUACAUCUAUGAGUGCUUUUGGUUUGGUUGCGAUUCUGCUUUUUGUUAUGUUUUAAUUUCAAUUUUGGACCGACCUAUUCUAUGUGAACUUUCAUUUUAUCCCCUUGUAAACGCUAAAACAAAC